CUGGGUUGCCAAUAGGCAGCAGCUCUGAUUCCAGGCUCUUGAAACCCAGCCAGGUCUGGGCUGACCUUCUGUUCUGCUCCCACCCCGGGCACCUCUUCCUCCCCCACUCAUCCACACAUACACAUUGGUAGGCAUCAGGCUGAGAACCUCAACAAGGAUGAUCUAGACACGUAUUAUUCUGGGUGUCUCUGGCAUUGUUUUGCAGCCACGAAGACAACAACAUGAGAGUCGUCGUUGUCUCCGGCGGAUGAAGAGGACUCCACUCUCCAUCCUCCCCAAGAUGUUCCCACAAGGACGGCACACCUCGGGGCAGCCGUUCAAAUUCUCUGUGUUGGAGAUCUGUGACCGGAUCAAGGAAGAGUUCCAGUUCCUCCAAGCACAGUAUCACAGCUUGAAGCUGGAAUGCGAAAAACUGGCCGGCGAGAAGACGGAAAUGCAAAGGCAUUACGUGAUGUAUUAUGAGAUGUCUUACGGAUUAAAUAUCGAGAUGCACAAACAGGCCGAGAUCGUCAAGCGUUUGAGUGCCAUUUGUGCCCAGAUCGUCCCUUUUCUGACCCAAGAGCACCAGCAACAAGUCCUACAAGCCAUGGAUCGGGCCAAGCAGGUCACUAUGGGAGAACUGAACAAUAUUAUUGGGCAGCAGCAGCUCCAGCACCUCUCCCAUCACGCCCCGCCGAUCCCGUUGGCCCCACAUCCUUCGGGGUCUGCGUCGGGACUUCUAGCGCUCUCGGGGGUCUUGACGGCUCAGGCGGCCAUCGGGGCCAAGGACGAAAGAGGGCCGCCGGACGCCGAGAACCACCGAGAGCAUCUUUCGAGUCGGAGCAAUUCGGCUUCGCCUCCGGAGAGUCUGCAAGACGAGGAACCGGUGGAGAAUCUGGGUUCAAAGCGCAAGCAAGACGCCAAGGAAGAUGCUGCACAUUAUGAAAGCGACGGAGAGAAGAGCGAUUACAACCUGGUCGUGGACGAGGAUCCUCCUUCUGAGCACAACAGUCCCGAAUGUGGCUCCGUUGUCCGACCCUUUGCUUCCCGGAGGGACGUCCCAGAUAGUCCGACGUCUCUGGCGUCCAGUCGAAGCGCAACCCCAUUGAAAGCAAAGGACCCGAAUUUGAGCGAUGCCAGCUCUGCCACUUGUAAGCCAGCCAACCUCUCUCCGCCUCCCGAAUCCGUCACCCCUGGACCUGGUCCCAGCUGCACCCCCCAGGUCCAGACGAUGGCUAAACCAUCCACCACAGAGGCCAUCAGUCUCCGGAGUCCGCUGAAUUUGUCCGGUUCCUUCGCCGCCUCCACCUCCUUCGGGAUCCUGCCCCAUGUGGCACUGAAUGGCGAUCUCUCCGCUCCUGGCUCCUACGUCAGCAUCCACCUCUCCCCGCAGGCCGUCAUGUACGGACGCUCUCCGGUGGUGGCCUUUGAAUCUCACCCGCAUUUGCGUGGUUCGACUAUAUCCGCCUCCCUGCCUGCCGUCCCGGGAAGCAAGCCGGCCUACUCCUUCCAUGUGAGUGCCGAUGGGCAAAUGCAGCCGGUGCCCUUCCCUCCGGACGCCCUGAUUGGCUCGGGCAUCCCCCGCCACGCCCGCCAGCUCCACACGCUCGGCCACGGGGAGGUGGUCUGCGCCGUCACCAUCAGCAACUCCACGCAGCACGUCUACACGGGCGGGAAGGGCUGCGUGAAGGUCUGGGACGUGGGCCAGCCGGGCACCAAGACCCCCGUGGCACAACUGGACUGCUUGAAUCGGGAUAACUACAUCCGGUCCUGCAAGCUCCUUCCGGACGGGCGCAGCCUGAUCGUGGGAGGCGAGGCCAGCACCCUCUCCAUCUGGGACCUGGCGGCCCCGACCCCCCGGAUCAAGGCCGAGUUGACUUCUUCGGCCCCGGCUUGCUACGCUUUGGCCAUCAGCCCCGACGCCAAGGUCUGCUUCUCCUGCUGCAGCGACGGCAACAUCGUGGUCUGGGACCUCCAGAACCAAACCAUGGUCAGGCAGUUCCAGGGCCACACGGACGGGGCCAGCUGUAUUGACAUCUCCAACUAUGGCACCAAACUCUGGACCGGUGGUUUGGAUAAUACGGUCCGGUGUUGGGACCUGCGGGAAGGACGCCAACUCCAGCAGCACGACUUCAGCUCUCAGAUCUUCUCCUUGGGCUACUGUCCUACCGGCGAGUGGCUGGCCGUCGGGAUGGAGAGCAGCAACGUGGAGAUCCUCCACGUCACCAAGUCGGAGAAGUACCAGCUCCACCUCCACGAGAGCUGCGUCCUCUCGCUCAAAUUCGCCUCCUGCGGCAAAUGGUUUAUAAGUACCGGCAAAGACAACUUACUUAACGCCUGGAGGACACCCUACGGAGCAAGCAUCUUCCAGUCCAAAGAGUCAUCUUCGGUGCUGAGCUGCGACAUCUCGGCCAACGACAAAUUCAUCGUGACGGGCUCCGGAGAUAAGAAAGCCACCGUUUACGAAUUGGUUUAUUGAGGGAGAACUGGUUUGGACCCACCGACAUGAAUCCCGCUCUCAAAAGGCUCUUUCCCAUUGACUUCCGAGUCAAUAUGGACUAGAAACUUUAAAAAUCAGAUCCUCAGGAAAGAGGAUAUCUACGCUCAACACAACCACGUUCUUGUAAAACGGAUCCACUGUCCGAACACAUGGUUUUUAGAGUCCUUAUUUGUCUAUUGCCUCUUCUUCUCCUCAUUCUUUGUCUUCACGGUAAAUGAAGUAAAAGCAUUUUCAAUCCUU